AUGCAUGACGUUUACGAAAAGCAUGAAGUCACCAAUGCCGUCAAUAAGCGUUGCGAGAGUGAGCUCAAAGCUGUUACGUCCGUUUCUGCUGCUGUCGAGAAGUUCUAUGAAAGUGGAAUAGUAGGCUGUGUAUGCGGCAGACACAAUGUUCCACUUCAGUUUACGAAUAUCUUUGCUUCUGGUGAAAAGUACAAAUAUGCUCUAUCUGUGCUUGCUGUUGCCACUAAGGGAUACAAAGAUGUCAAUAUUUUGUAUGAUCUUGGUUGUCGCUUUGAACCAUCAUUUAAGAUGGAGAAGGACUUGAGCGUCUUUGGUCCUACCUUGGAGGAUUUGUCUCAAUGA